UCCCGCCUUGGCUGGGGAGGCCCAGAGCAGUGGCCCCGCGGAGGCGGGAGCGGGGCCAUGGCUGAGGUGCCUGGGCUCACUGGCGAAUCCAAAGGCACUGAAGUUAAAACCCAGCAGGCCACGGAAAAAACUCUCAGGGCACCGCCAAGGCGGGGUCCGCCCUCGGUGCUCAAAGUGUCCCAGUUGUUGCUCCGAGCCAUCACAGCACACAAAGGGCUGACGCUGGCCACUCUCAAGAAGGAGCUCGGAAAUGCUGGCUAUGAAGUGCGCCGGAAGUGCCGCCACUCAGGCGAAGCACCCAGAUCUGAUGUUAAGGGCACGCUUCUCCGAGUCAGCGGUAGCGAUGCCUCCAGCUACUUCAGGGUUUGGAAGAGUCCAAAGCCGAAGAGAAAGCCGGGACGCCCGAGGUUGGAGGGGGGCGUGCGCUCUUCGAGGAGGACUCCUCCUAGGCCACGGAGCCCACGGAGGCGCAGCACGCAUCGCAGGGCGGCCAAGAAGGCCAGGGAAUUAUGGAGACGGAGCACGAAGGGAAACACGAGGAUGAGGAAGGUCAGGCCAAGAGCCAAGGACUCGGUGCGUUCCAAAGCCAAGGAGGGAGCAAGGGCCAAGGUGAUGAACCAGGGGAGAGGUCGAACCAUGAAGGAAGACAUCAGGCCUAGGACCCGAGAGAAGAGGCCAAGCUCGAAGCCCAGGGAAGAGAAGCAGCAGGACCAGGAGACGUUGGUAAAACGCACCAUCCAGAAGACAUCCUUGGUUAAAAGUGACCUAAAUUUUAGCGGUCAGGGGAAGACCCAUGCAUGACCCAAGGGCUGUUCGCACAAAGACUUCUACUAAAGCUUAAAGUCCUCCGUAUGCAGCCGGAUGCCUGUAGUGUGGGAGCAAUUUCCCUUCCUCCAGGCACAGAUGCCUUUCCCCUUAGGCUCUAAUGAGAGCAGCUCUCACACACUGAAGUGGACAAAACUAUACACAAGACCUUUCCACUA